UCUCUCUCUCUCCUUGUGGAAUCUCUAUAAUAAACCAACAAAAUGUGCAAAGGGCUUGCCGCCCUCCCAGCGACGUGCUUGAAAAGCGCGAAGGACAUUAAGCAUCGAAUCGGCUUUCUCCUCCAAAGGCCUGAGCCUCCUCCUGAGCAGAAGGCACUGAAGGAGAAGGAGAAAGUCACAGAAGCGAAAAGGACUAAUCCCGUCGAGACGGAGAAAUGGAAAGCGUCGUUUUCCAGCCUCAUUAAUAAUGAAGUGGGUCGUGGGGCUUUCAUGGCUUUCCUCAAGUCUGAGUUCAGUCAGGAGAACAUGGAGUUCUGGCUGGCCUGUGAAGACUACAAGAAAACACCUACAAACAAAAUGGAUGCUAAAGCCAGAAAAAUCUUCAAACAGUAUGUGGAGGUUGAUUCACCGAAUGAGGUAAAUUUGGACUCUGCCACCAGAGAAGAGACUCGUAAAAAUUUGGAGAAAAGCGAUGUCUCCUGUUUCGACGAGGCACAGAACAAAAUUUUUAUUCUGAUGGAAAAGGAUUCGUACCGUCGUUUCCUGAAAUCAAAACUGUUCCUGGACCUAGCGCAGUUGACCCCUGACGGAGUGACCUGCGGCCUGGAAAAAAGGGCGAAGAGACAUCAUGCUGGUUUUAACCAGUGUCUGCCUCAUUGCACCUAAUCUCUCCCCACCUC